GAUUUACUGGGCUUGUCGAAGGAUGGAAAUGUCACGUUGGGAGGAAUUUUUUCUUUGCAUUACCACGUUGAGUACCCGGACCUCUCAUUUAGCAAUCGCCCGGAGCCAGCAAAAUGCCUCAGCUUUUGGUUCCGUCCUUUCCGUUUUGCACUGGCAAUGAUUUUUGCAAUAGAAGAAAUAAACAAUGACACAGCUUUGCUUCCCGGUGUCACUCUGGGAUACCGCAUAUAUGAUUCUUGUGAUUUGCCCCAGUUAUCAUUAAAAGCAGCUUUGGAGUUUCUAAACAGUCCUGAGGCAAGCACACCGCCUGAUAACUGUGAAAACUCUUCCGUUGUUUCUGCGAUUGUUGCUGAUUCUGGAUCCACGCAGUCUUUAGCAAUAGCACCUUCCAUUGGUGCCUUCAGAAUCCCUAUGGUUAGCUACUUUUCUACCUGUGCGUGCCUAAGCAAUAGAAAGGAAUAUCCAUCAUUUUUUCGAACAAUACCGAGUGAUUACUAUCAGGCGAGAGCAUUAGCUCAGCUGGUGAAACAUUUCGGAUGGACCUGGAUCGGGACAAUUAAGAGUGACGAUGACUAUGGAAACUUUGGAAUGCAAGCAUUUGAAGAGGCAGCCCAACAGUUAGGAGUUUGCAUAGCCUUUUCCGAGUCAUUUCAUAUAACAUACGCUCGAGAGAAGUUACUGAAAACAAUUGACACCAUAAAAACCUCUUCUACAAAAGUUGUCGUUGCAUUUGCGGGUGAACCAAGCAUGCGUACUCUACUAAAAGAAACGAUUAGACAAAAUGUCAGCGGUGUACAAUGGAUUGGGAGCGAAUCAUCGGUUUCCACAUUGCUUCUUCCUCCAGAGGAAAGUAAAACAAUUGCUACUGGUACAAUUGGAAUUGCAAUUCGCAAAGUCAGCAUACCAGGGUUGAGGGAGUUCCUAAUGAAAGUCCAUCCAUCCCUGUAUCCAGGGAACCUCUUGGUGAAAAAGUUUUGGGAAAGUUGUUUUGGCUGCACUCUCAGUGAUAGAAAUAAAACAGAUUCACGAAAAGCUGGACCAGAGCUUAAGGAAUGCACAGGAAGAGAAAAUUUACAGAAUGUCCAAAAUGAGUUUACUGAUGUGUUACAAUACAGAAUCACUUACAACGUGUACAAAGCAACUUAUGCUAUAGCUCAUGCACUCCACAAUAUGGCGUCAUGUAAAACUGGGGAAGGACCUUUCUCUAAUGGGAGUUGUGCAAGUGUUUCAAGUUUUCAGGCUUGGCAGUUAAUGUAUUACAUGAGAACGGUAAAUUUCACAAGCAAGAUCGGAGAGAAAGUUUAUUUUGAUGAAAAUGGAGACCCUGUCGCAACAUAUGACAUUGUAAACUGGCAACCAAAUGCCCUCGGUGACAUUGACAUUGUAAAUGUUGGGCACUAUGAUGGAGCAGCUCGUUCUGGAGAAGAACUUUCCAUAAUAGAAGAGGCAAUUGUUUGGAGAGGCGGUCAGAAGUCGGUUCUGAAGGCUGUUUGCUCUGAAAGCUGCCAAAAAGGUACAAGAAAAGCACAAAGAAAAGGACAACCUAUUUGCUGUUUUGAUUGCAUAAAAUGUGCACACGGUGAAAUUAGUAACACGACUGAUUCCAUUCAUUGUAUAAAAUGUCCACUGGAAUUCAAAUCUAAUGAAAGACGGGAUCAAUGCAUUCCAAAGGAAAUCGAGUUUCUUUCCUUUUUCGAGAUAAUGGGAAUCGUUCUGAUGACCUUGGCGCUGUUAGGAGUCUGCACCACUGUUGGUAUAUUCGCAAUAUUCUACAUCAAUCGGCACACUCCAAUUGUUAAAGCUAAUAAUUCUGAGUUAAGCUUCCUUCUUCUUUUUGCUCUGAUGCUUUGUUUUCUAUCUUCAAUUACAUUCAUUGGUGAACCCUUAGUUUGGUCUUGUAUGCUCUGCAACGUAGCGUUUGGUAUUAGUUUUGUUCUUUCUAUAUCUUGUGUAUUGAGUAAAACAAUUGUCGUGGUGAUGGCAUUCAAAGCAACAUUUCCCAGCAAUAAUAUGAUGAAGUGGUUUGGACCAAGACAACAGCGGCUCAUGGUUUAUAUCCUUACGCUGGUACAAUGUGUAAUAUGUACUGCCUGGUUAAUUGCAUUUCCACCUUAUCCUCUGAAAAACACUAGUCACUCUAAUGAGAUAAUCGUGUUUGAAUGCAAUGUAGGAUCUUCAUUAGCCUUCUACAGUGUACUCGGUUAUAUUGGAUUUCUAUCCUGCGUGUGUUUUGUCGUAGCUUUUCUAGCUCGACAACUUCCAGAUAACUUCAAUGAAGCGAAACACAUAACGUUCAGUAUGUUUAUCUUUUGCACAGUUUGGAUAACGUUCAUUCCGGCGUACAUAAGUUCGCCAGGGAAAUAUGCUGUGGCGGUUGAAAUAUUUGCUAUUUUGGCCUCCAGCUUUAGUCUGCUUAUUUGCAUUUUUACUCCAAAAUGUUAUAUUAUUCUGUUGAAGAAAGAAAACAAUACAAAGAGGAACAUGAUGGGCUCAGUGACAUCAAAUUAA